AUGAGCGACGAGCAUCCGAAUGGCUUUGGCCAGCCAUUCUUCAUUGUGACAUGGGCCGAGUUUGGACUGGCGAUCAUCUUCAUGAUCGCUCGAGGCGUUGCUGCUUCCAAAUUGAUUCAUAACGUGACAAUGGACUGCUAUUUGGCCAUAGUCACAUUUGUUUUGGGAGCUGCAAGCAUGGCGAUGAUUACAGUGGGGGCUACAUACGGGCUCGGCCGACCGCAGGACAUGCUAAGUUUCAAUCAGAGCAAGAUGGCACUACUCUAUGGCUGGGUCAACCAACUUAUUGCCCUCGUUGCGAUUGGUUUAGGGAAGCUUACCAUUGUCGCAUUUCUCGAACAAGUCCAAGGCUAUCAGACCAAAGCCAGAAGCAUCUUUCUCUGGUCUGUGGCGGGCAGCAACCUCGUCCUGAAUUGUAUCGCUGCCAUCCUGAUGAUGCUUCAAUGCUCGCCGAGGAGGAUGCUGUGGGAGGCAUAUGCUAAGGGAAAUUGUCCUUAUCGCAGCCGUAUACAAAUAUUUGGCUAUAUUCAAGGGCUGCUGACGCAGAGUAGAGCAGGGGCAUGUGCAAUAGUAAAAACAGUUCAAUUGACUGUUCUCACCAAAAUCCACGACCCGAGUCAUUGGGACUGUCAUUGUUUGGAAUCAAACCGAAAUGUGGGUCGUAUUCAUUGUCAGCUGUAUACCGCCGACGAAAGUGUUCUUCAAGCAUAUAUAUCGCCGGAGCUCUAUCCGGCUAGGUUCAUUUGUCGACCAAAUGCGGCCCCGGGAACAGGAGAUAAAGCCGAAUGA